AUGUCCACGCGUCCAACGACCCCGGCGUCUCCAAAGAAUGCGAAAGUCAAGUCACCUGUGCCUGGCAUACCGAUGUUUGGGUGUGAACAUGUUCAGCUUCUAUUGUCUCAGGGACAAGAGGUCAUGAAUAGUUCGAUCGCACAUUACAAAAUGAUUCUUCGUGGCAUCUUUGACUCGACGCCAAUCGUGCCCCAGACCUCAACCAACCAGGACGGCCGGCCGAUUACAUCGUUAACAUCGAACUACCUCUGUCUCCAAUGUCCAACUACCGUUACCGAAGACGACCGCCUCAGGCAUGGAACGAAGAAGUCACACCGGUUUUACGUGGAUUCACGGAGCGGAUCUCUGUAUUGCCAGAUAUGCGAUGAUCUCGUAUGGGAUCCCACAUUAGAGGAGCUUCGAGUACGCAAGAUUGGGACAGGCUCCUUCUCCGGACGCAAGAGAAAACACGACGAACUAUUCACUGAUUCAAUUAAAGACGAUCCUCGCUACAUUAGUUCUAACACAACAACGGCGUCUUGUCGAGCUAAUGGCCUGCGAGGUAUUUACAAUGCAGGGGCUACUUGCUAUCAAAAUGUUGUGCUUCAAAGUUUUCUGCAUAAUCCACUGCUACGCAACUUCUAUCUCAGUGAUGGCCACCAGAGCAACGACUGUACUGUUUCGCAUUGCUUAAGUUGCGCAAUGGAUGAUAUGUUUCAAGACUUUUAUGCACUAGAAAAUACAAACGGCUACACCGCCGCCAACAUACUAUCAGGCUUCUGGAUUUCAGAGAAGAAAGCGUUUGAGAAUCUUGUCACUACAAAAGAACAAGAUGCACAUGAGUUUUUCCAGUUUCUUGCUGAGGAAUUACAUGAGCGCAAUGGCGACGGGAAACGACCAGAGAGCGGCUCUGAACACAGCUGCAACUGUAUUAUUCACCAAACGUUUUAUGGCAAGAUGCAGACAACAACGAGUUGCCAGAAUUGUAAAGGAACUACAAACACGGUGCAAUCAUUCCUGGACCUUAGUUUGGGGCUCGACACUUUGAUGCAGCGGAAAGCAAAGAAGACCGGACAGAAAGCACCAGUUUUGACUUUGAAUGACUGCCUCGAUGAAGAAUAUGUCAAAUUCGACAAAUGCGAAUACAGAUGCCACAGCUGCUCAUCCACUCAACAGGCAAAGCGAUACACAAGCAUCAAAAGACUGCCGAACGUGUUGUCUGUGCAACUGAAGCGUUUUGAAUAUAAACAGGGCAGACAUGAUCGAGCCGCAUCUAAGAUUGACCAUGCCGUCCAGUUUCCGUUACAACUCAACAUGCUGCCAUACACAAAUCGAGUUCGCAACCGGGACAACCGUGAGAGUCUGGAACUAGAGAGAUCCUGCAUGUACGAUCUAUUGAGUGUUAUAGUACACGUUGGAGAAAUUGAAACCGGACACUACGUAUCGUACUGUCGAGUUGGCGACCAGUGGUUCAAAUUCAACGAUCACAAAGUGGAAUUGGCCACAAUUUCAGAAGUUUUGGGGGCGCAAGCUUAUUUGCUGUUUUAUAUUAUACGCUCUCUAGCCUAA